AUGCGCCGCGCGAGGCGCCGCCGCCUCUAUAAGCGUGUCCGCGGGGCGGGCACGGGACCCGCUGCGCCACUGAUCCCGCCCGGUGCUGCCCGAUCCCUGCCGGUCCCGCUCCGUCCCGCCGGGAGCAUGUACCAGAGCUCCGCGCGCUGCCUCUGCUCGGCCCUUCCCGCCCUCUGCUGCGCUCCCGCCGCCGCCUCGGCCUCCCGCCUGCCGCGGCCCCGCUCCCACCCGCCGCCCCCCGGCCCCGCCGCCCCGCGGGCAUCAGCGGGCGGCCCGCCCGCCCCGGGGACGCCGCCCCGCACAGUGUGUUCCAUGGGAAACAGCACCAGCCGGCUCUACAGUGUGCUAGCCAAGACUCUGAGCAGUGGUGCUGUAGCCCAGCACCAGGACUGCCUGGAGCAGCUGGACUCAGCACAGCUGGAUCCUAUAGACCCCAAGGAUUUGCUGCAGGAAUGUCAGAUUGUUCUGCAGAAGCGGCCACCCCGGUUUCAGAGGAACUUUGUGAACCUGAAGAAAAACAGCACCAGUAGCCACCGCCCCAUCCGGGUCAUGCAGUGGAACAUCCUCGCCCAAGCUCUCGGGGAAGGCAAAGACAACUUUGUUCAGUGCCCCAUGGAAGCUCUGAAAUGGGAGGAGAGGAAGUGCCUCAUCCUGGAGGAAAUCCUUGCAUACAAGCCCGACAUCUUGUGCCUUCAGGAAGUCGACCACUACUUUGACACCUUUGAACCAAUCCUCAGUCGCCUGGGCUACCAGUGCACGUUCUUCCCAAAGCCGUGGUCACCGUGCCUGGAUGUGGAGCAUAACAAUGGGCCAGAUGGCUGCGCCAUGUUCUUCCUCAAGGAACGCUUUGAGCUCAUCAACAGUGCCAACAUCCGGCUGAUGGCCAUGAAACUGAAGACCAACCAGGUGGCCAUCGCUCAGACGCUGAAGUGCCACGAAACCGGGAGGCUCUUCUGCAUCGCCGUCACCCACCUGAAAGCCCGCACAGGCUGGGAGAGGUUCCGCUCUGCUCAGGGCUGUGACCUCCUGCAGAACCUGAAGAACAUCACCCAAGGAGCAAAGAUCCCCCUGAUUGUCUGUGGAGACUUCAAUGCAGAGCCAACCGAGGAGGUCUACAGGGAGUUUUCGAACUCCAGCCUCAAUUUAAACAGUGCGUACAAGCUGCUGAGCCCCGAUGGACAGUCGGAACCCCCCUACACCACCUGGAAGAUCCGGCCCUCUGGAGAGUGCCGGCACACGCUGGAUUAUAUCUGGUAUUCCCAGCAUGCCUUGAAUGUGAACUCAGCCCUGGGCUUGCUGACUGAAGAGCAAAUUGGGCCCAACAGGCUGCCCUCAUUCAAUUACCCUUCUGAUCACCUGUCCCUUGUAUGUGACUUUAGUUUUAAUCAGGACCCUGACAGGCUGCUGUAAUGUCUUGGAGUGCUACCUGGUAUUGCAGUGUUUGAACUCACUGGUCUUUUAGAGAAAACCUUUGAAGCUAGAUGCUGUUGAAAGGUGAGAAAAUCCUGUUGACUAACCAUUAUUUCAGGCACUUGUUUGGAGUUACACUUGCUGUUCAACCCUCAUUAGUGUGCAGCCUUCAAGGGAGGAAGAAGGAAGCCAGUGUUCUCGUCACACUCUUCCUGCCACAUCAGGGUUUGAAAGCUAGAAGGCAAAUGGCUUUAUUCUUUCACUAAGCCCACUGUUUUAAGGAUUUAAUCCUCUAAUGAAUGUGGAGGCCUUAGUAUUUAAAUCAAAACACCUGUGUUUGUAAAACAUCUUGCCCUGACAGCAUGCUAAUAUGUAUUUCAUGUUAAGCUUCUGCAAGUACUAAAGGGAGUGAGGUUCGACUACCCAGUGAGAUUAUCUUAAAUCUUUUUCUGUUGCAAUAUGAAGGAAGUUUAAUGCAGUUUAGACAAAAAGCUAAGCUCAUAAUAGUGUGGUCUUGUCAUUUUUCCAUGACCUGAGAUGACAAAUUCAUUAGAAGUGUGAGGAAGGAAGGACCCCUCCAGUAAGAGCAGGAGAGGAAAGAGAGGCUGGCUAUGACCUAGAGUAAUACCCUCACUUUUCCAGAACAGUGUGCAUGUAUGCAGGCUGUACAGUGUGACUGUACCUUCAUCUCUUCUGUGCUCCCCUUUGGAGGACACAGCUAACCAGGGACUAUUUCUUCCUCUGCUCUGAGUAUUACUUUUCUAAAUUGUUUAAAUUUGUAGUCCUGUCAAUCUUGCUGUUUCAGUAAAGGGCCAGUCUUAAUAUUGAAAGAUUUUCUUUUAUUUAUAUUCAGAAACUAAAGCUACACCGGAACCUGUUAUAAGAUAAAAUUUAUUAAUUGAGAGGAAUAAAUAAGUCUGAUUUGAAAUCAUAGAGUGACAGUGUUCAGGAGCCUCUUCCUGUGACCCAGGAAAACUCUGGCAAAGCAUCUGGGCUACAAUAGAGGUGUGUUAGUAUAGUAACUGCUGUGAUUGCUCACUGGUGACAGGAAUUGCACAUAUGUGUUGUAAAUAGUAAAUAUACCAUUAUGCCAGAAAAUGGCAUAGGAGAGAGGGAGGAAGAGGGACAGCAGUUGGAGUUGUGCUGACAUUUAGAUAGUUGAGGAAGAUAUAGCAGGGCAAAUAAAGCAGUAUUUUCACUUGAAGUAGGGUGCAUAAUAACUCUUAAAUGUUCCAGGUGUUUAUUAAUAAAACUCUUUGGAAAAAAGUA